UUUCGCAGCAGUUCGCAGCGAGUCCCAUUUUUCAACUUGCAUGUGCGGAUAUACACACACGCACACUCAGACUGCCGCACACACACACACUGGCACACACACAUUUGGGAUUUUCCCAGAAAACUGAGGCGCAACCCCCACGAAACGGAAAGUUUGUGCAGCGGCAGAACGAACUGUGUUUGUGGCACUCGAAUUUGGGACACAUUCCUGUAAAGGACGCAGCUCCGGUCAGCUGCUGUUCCAAGUUUAAAAAAAGGAGCCCCACAAAAAUCAACAAAAAAAAAAAAAAAACGCGCGCGGUGCAUUUAGACCUCAAACUCUUGAAAGUGAAAAUCCACCACAAAAACAGUGAAGCAUACAGUGAACCCUUAUUAAUAAAUUAAAUAUAAAAGUGUUUUUAAAAUCUAAGCCAACCAAGUGCUAUUGAAUUUCCUGUGGAAAAGUGGAAAAGGGAAAGCUGCUGCAGCAUUGCUCCUGUGUGCCAAAUAUUGAUUGGCAAGUGUGCCGCUGAAAAAUCGAUUAUUAAAGCCACUUUCCACAAACACACAGCUGGUGGUUGUGGUUGUUGUUGUUGUUGUUUCGCCAGGAUGGACGGGGCCUUCGGGGUGGUGGUUGCAUAGGGUUGCGUGCCGCAAUGUGGGAAAUCAACAGCAGUAGAAGUAGCAGCAGCAGCAGCAGCCGAAGCAGCAGCAGCAGCAACAUUGCCACAUCCAGAGGCACACUUCCAACUGUUUUGACGUGGUCGAGUUCCAAUGGCGCUGCCACAACCGAAUGCUGUAGCGCAGCCUUGCAGCCAUCCAGCGGCGACGCGUUGCAUGUGCAGCAGCACCAGCAGCAACAACAGAAACAACAACAAGGGCAGCAGCAACAUAAGGAGCAACAAGAGCAACAAAAACAGCAGCAGCAGGAUAAGAAAACGAGGAUGACAACGACCACAGGCAACAGCGAAGCACACAGAUACAGAAGCAUUCACAUUUCACCGAAACACAGCAACAAUUGCUGCACAAUAACCCAGCAAACUGCAGCAUAUUGUGGCUAUUAAGCAAAUAAAAAGGAACAAACCAAAGACUAACCAAAAAUGCAGUUCAAAACCAGCAAAUUAUAACCCAAACUCAAUCGCACAAAGUUACGUUAAGUAUACGACGCGUAUUUCCAGCUGCAAAACGAACCAAAAGAAAAAAGAAGAAACGAACCGAACGAAACGCACAGGUGCAUCUGCAAAAGCCCCUCCCCCCACCACCCCCCAAAUAAAAAACAAAACCCCCCAGCAAAAAGCUUGGGGGUAUCUACACCAAUUGACAAGCAAUCGAGGCGCAAUGUUAAAUGAAUGAACUUGUUUAGUGGACAAUUUUUAAGUGCACUUUCGUAAGGCUGAUUUUUCAAUUUAUUUCGAUGUUGUGCUUCUACACCCAAAAUAAAAUAAAGCAAAAAUAAAAUAGAAAAUAAAACCGAAAUAACAGCAAGCAAUGAACCAAGUGAAAGUGUGAGUGUGGUUAAGUGAUUUACGGGGAAGGGAAAAGCAAGGAAAGUCCUUUGAGAAAAGUAGUGAAGAAACGGCCGCCACAACGG